CGCCAGACUGGUCAGGAAGCCAAUGGAUACAUUUCCACAGCCAGCGGCGGCAAGAGGCCGUAGGGCACUUGUCGACGUUGGCAAUCUUAUGAAUGGUCGGCCUUCUCUUGUGAACCAUCAGAAGCAAGCGGUUGCGGCAGCGGCAACCAGUCAUAAACCACUCAACGUUGGCAACAAGAAGCCACUUGUUCCUCAGGCAGCAGCAAGAGGCAUGCGACCCCUUGCCGACGUUACGAAUCUUAUGAUCAAUGACCGUGCUGCUCCUGCAAAUCGUCAGAAGCCUCUAGAUGCUGUGUUUAACAGGAACGGGAAGGCAGUAAAGCUGAAGGAAUGCAAGGUGAAGCCUGAAGUCAUUGUGACCAUUCCAGAUUCCGAGAAGGAGAAGAAAGGCAAAUUGCCUGGAGGUCAGAGAGUCUGUAGGAGGGUGCCAACACUUUUUGACAAUUUGACAAAAUGCAGCAGGGCCUCUGAUGGGAUUACCACCCCGAAGAAGAAGGAUCCAUAUGACAUUGAUGCACCUGAUUCUUGCAAUGAGCUGGCAGUCGUUGAAUAUGUUGAGGACAUUUACAGAUUCUACAAGAGCACUGAGGGCACCUGCCGUCCUCUCAGCAGCUACAUGAGCUCACAGGCUGAAAUCAGUGAGAGAAUGAGAGCUAUCCUUAUCGACUGGAUUAUCGAGGUACAGUACAGGCUUACUCUAAUGCCAGAGACACUUUACUUGACCGUCUACAUCAUCGACCAGUACUUAUCUAUGGAGAGUGUACCAAGAAAGGAGCUACAGCUCGUCGGCAUAAGUGCCAUGCUGAUAGCAAGCAAGUACGAAGAGAUAUGGGCUCCACUGGUUAAGGACUUGAUGUGCCUCUGUGACAACGCAUUUACCAGAGACCAGGUUCUGACCAAGGAAAAGGCCAUCCUGGACAGGCUCCAUUGGAACCUAACGGUUCCAACAAUGUACAUGUUCAUUGUUAGGUACCUGAAAGCCGCAAUGUGUGACACAGAGCUUGAGAACAUGGCAUUCUUCUACUCCGAGCUGGCAUUGGUCCAUUACGCGAUGCUGGUUUACCCUCCAUCGGUGACCGCAGCCGCUGCCGUCUAUGCUGCCAGGUCUACACUUGGGAUGAAUCCACCGUGGACUGAUAUUCUGGAACAUCACACUGGCCUAGCUGAGCCACAGUUACUGAGUAACUUGUUGGUUGCUGAGGAUGAUGCUUUUAACCGUAACCACAGGGAGUGCGCUAGGCGGCUUAUCAGCUUCCAUACCCUGGCUCCGGAAAGCAAGCAGAAGGCGGUGUACAGGAAGUACUCCAAGCCCAAGCUCGGCUCCGUCGCGCUUCAAUCCCCUGUCAAGAAGCUGUUGUCAGGUUGA